AUGGCAAACUCGAAGAAGGGACUAUUGUCAUCCCAACAUGGAGUUCAUCUUUCUAAGAAGAAGUCUCCACAAAAUCCUCAAGAGGAAGAAGAGAUGAAACAGAUUCCCUAUGCAUUUGUAGUUGGAAGUCUUAUGUAUGCUAUGCUAUGCACUAGGCCAGACAUAUGCCAUGCAGUGGGAGUUGUAAGUGGUUCACUGGAACCGAUAGGAAACACUGAUUCUAAUUUUCAGACGGAUGUAGAUGACACGAAGUUAACUUUUGGAACGGUGUUUACUCUUGGGGGUGAAGUUGUGAUUUGGAGAAGCGUUAAGCAGCCUAUCAUUUCAUACUCCACCAUCGAGGAUGUUUACAUAGCUGUUUCUGAGGCGGCUAAGAAAAAAGUCUAG